GUUGAUGAUUGGUUGACGUGAAGCGAACAGAUGAUAGAAGGCGGAACCAACCAUAAUGCAGAGCAGUAGUGUUGCAUAGUGUAGUAGUUUUGUUAAAUAUCAAAUUAAGCUCUGAACUACAACUUCUGCUAAAUAGUGAGCUUGUCUAUUUAUUAUGGACACCCUUCCAGCAAUGAUGUUCUCCUCUGAGCAGGAGGAGAAGUAUUAUUUAGACUGCAUGGGCUACUUCUUCAUAUUCAUGGCUGUAUGCACUUUCUUUACAUUGCUCUUUGAAAACGUGCCAUAUGGUCGAUAUGCUUCGGGUAAAUAUGGAUUUCCAAUCAACGUCAAAUUUGCCUGGUUCGUUCAAGAGUUACCUGCAUUCAUGGUACCUCUCUACCUCGUUUUGUGGACGCCUUCUGCCAAAACUUCACAGCUACCGAAUGCACUGUUGAUAGCAAUGUAUUUUUGCCACUAUGUUCAAAGGUCCCUUGUUUAUCCAUUUUUAAUUCGAGGAGGUAAACCUACACCUGUGGUCUCGUUCGUCCUAGCCAUUGUAUUCUGCAUCGUUAAUGGCUACAUGCAGAUACGAUAUUUGAGCCAUUAUGCCGAAUACCCAGAAGGAUGGGUGACACACCCCUGCUUCAUCAUAGGAUGUGCUCUGUGGUUGGUUGGCUGGCUGGUGAAUCUUCACUCUGACCACAUCCUACGGAAUUUAAGAAAGCCGGGAGAGACGGGAUACAAGAUCCCCAGAGGGGGUUUGUUCGAGUACGUCUCCGGAGCAAACUUCCUAGGCGAGAUAACGGAGUGGGCAGGCUUCGCUCUGGCUGGCCAUUCGGUGCACAGUACAUCCUUUUCCAUCUUCACCCUGGUGGUCCUCGCUAGCAGAGCUGUGGCCCACCACAGAUGGUAUCUCAAUAAAUUUGAAGACUACCCUGAAUCUAGGAAGGCGCUGAUACCCUUUGUGUUCUAAAAAAACAGAAGUAAGAGCAGGUACCUGGUGUCAGAGGGGAAGCUGAUCAAGAGACUCCUACCCGACACGUCAGGGAUGGGCCACAAAAGGAGAGGAAUGAACCAGCGAUGGAACACAUUCCUCCACCUUCAGGCCUGAAAUGAAAAGGAUGGUUUGUGCCUCACACUCAAAGUGGAGCAAAUGAAGCAAAGAGAAAUAAAGACAGAAAUAAACUAAAGUGGAUGAGGUGAUGGUGACGUUGGAGGGGGGUGGAGUCACAUUAGGAACUCCCUCGAGGUGGGGGGGGGGCCAUCUGAAAACAAGUUGAGGGGUACUUUGGGCAGAAAGACAUACUAAACGUGAAGAUGGUCGAUUUGAUUUGUUGCAGUGUUGCCAAGAUAUGCUCACUUCAGCGAUUUUAAAGGAAUUCUCAGGCUUUUUGUGAAAUAGUUGUUUCAUCUUAUUGUCAAAAGGGAAGUACCAUACUCAGUUAAUUCUAUUUCAUUUCUCAAUUCGUCCGGUGCUUAAAUAGAGCGAGUUUAAGUAACUCAAACUCAACAUGCAACAAAAACGAUUGAGUUCAUCUCUGAAUGAAAAGUGUUUAUCUGUCAAACAUUUAGCUGCCUCUUAUAAGAUGUACCCUAUGAAUUUCAUUAAAAUUUAGGGAUCUGUA